AUGACAGAUAGAUCCGAGACAACUCCCCUUCUCAUUGACGCGUCCGCCGGAGCUUCAACUGCAAACGAACAAAAUGAUGUUAUUUCUUACAGGCAGACCCCGGGAAGGCCCUUCUGUGGAACUUUUUACCUCACCUGGCUGUCCAUCAUCAUCUCGGUCCUAACCUUUACCUUCCUGUUCGCCGCGGUAAUAAUUAAUCAGUAUCCCUCUUCCCAAUAUAAGUUGGACUGGAGAGUAGAAGACGGUUGCGUUAUGAUGAUUGAACUGAGCGUUGCCGCGGCUUUCCUUAGCUUCCUCAACCUAGCCUACAUCUAUUUUCGUCAGCGCCCAAUGUGGCUCUUUCUCAACCUUGCAAUCGAUGCCUUUGUGAGCGGUUACUCCUUCGUCAUCGACAUUCAAGGCCUGCUGUUAAAUUCUAAACCUUGCCAACCUGGUCCCCGCUGUGGCGAGAUUUCAAAGAGAACCCGCAUGUUUGCUGGUAUUGGGCUCAGCUUUGGGUUGGCAUUGGGAUUCAUCCACCUGACUUUAUUUCUGAUCCGUUGUACUAUUGCUAUCCGUUCGCGGUCUGAGCACGAACUGCCCAGGUCAUUUCGAGCCCCCAAUGGGGAUCUUAGGCUGGAAUUCACAAUCAGAUUGUUGGGAAAUAAUACUCCCCCCGUAUCCAUACCGCCCGGAUAG